AUGGUAUUGCAGAGACAGCACCCAGAGGGAGUAGCACAGAGCUGGUCUCACAAGCGAGAUCUGAGACUGACUGCUCGGCAAGCCAAGGCCAAUGGGCGUCAUUCAGGCGUGGCCAAAAGUAGUGCUUCAGCCACGGCAACUAAAAGCAGGAGUGAAGUUCUUGAAGCUGCUGUCGGAUUGGAGGAUGGAGUUGGAGCAAAUCCCGCCACUUGCUGGCCACGAGGAAAACCUGCAUUCACGACCGAGUACACGGAGGAGUAUGACAUGACGGAUCCGAUCGGUUCCUUCAACCGAGUUGGGCGGCAGAUUCUGAAGGAGAUGGUUGACGAGCUCCCCGCACUCUACGAGCUGCCUCAAAAGGAGGCGAAAUGGGUGGAGGAUUCGCUGGAGUACAACACGCAGGGCGGGAAGAUGAAUCGCGGCCUUAUCGUCGUGGAGACUGGAGUGGCGAUCAUGAAACACCAGGGCCGGGAGCCCACCAAUGCUGACCUGAAUCGCUUCGCUGUGUUGGGCUGGGCAGUGGAGUACCUCCAGGCCUGCAUGCUCAUGGCGGAUGACAUGAUGGACGGCUCGGUGACACGACGCGGAAACCCCUGCUGGUACAGGCUCCCCCAUGUCGGCCUGCUGAAUACCAACGAUUUCCUGAUGGUGGAGAUGUUUGUCUACAAAAUCCUCAAGCGACACUUCGGCCAGGAACGCAUCUUCCCCUGGCUUAUGGACCUUUUCCUGGAGACGACUUUCCAGACAGAAUGCGGUCAGCUGUUGGACUCGAUCUGCGCCAACUGCGAGUUGGAGGAGCUGACGACCGAGCGCUGGACGCUGAUCGUGAAAUACAAGACGGCUUUCUACUCCUUCUACCUCCCGGUGGCUCUCGCAAUGCUGGUGCGCCACGUCACGGGUGUUAGGGACAAGAAGGCCUUCGACACUGCGCGGGAAGCGUUGCUGCUCCUGGGCAUGCACGGGUUGAUGGGCAUCUACUUCCAGGCCCUGCCGCAAGACGAAGACAAGCAGGGGAUUCUUGGGUUCUCUUCGUAUUGGUUGGACUUCCGGACUGCAACUUGCAUUCUCACUGAUCGUCUUGACCUACAUCUCUUCGAGGACAAGAAGUGCAGCUGGCUGUUCGCGCAUGCCUACCACGAGCAAAGCACUCCGGAGGCUGCGAGUCCAAGAGGGCUCAGGCAUUUCGUGGUGGCAAGGGAAUUAGCUGGCUUCUCGCUGUUGUUACUCUUCCAGCCGAUGGUGGAGGUGGUUGGCAGCCAAGAAGAGUCCAAGAUCAAGGAAAUCUACAGAGAACUCGGCCUCCAGGAGCAUGCAAAUUAG